GCGGGCGUGGGCGGGCCGUUGGAGGGGGUGGGGCGUGGAGCCUGGUAACCGUUGCCGGUAACAACGCCCCGCCCUGUCGCGGCGGGCGGGCCGGCAGGCGGCGCGAGGCCGGCGGGCGGGCGGCGGGAGCCGGAGGAGGAGCGGCCGCCGCCGCCACCGCCGCCGCCAUAGAGACUGUAGCCGUGGAGACUGUUACUUACCAACGGGGACCAACACGCAGCAGCCGCCGCCGCCGCCGCCGCCGCCGCCGCGGGAGCCGCUGCCCGAACUCCCGGCCCGAACUCCAGAACUGAGCAUGCAGAAUUCGGAGAGUGGAUCGGAGUCGCCGGCGUCCGUGGCCCUGCGUCCGUCAGCGGCAGCCCAGCCUGUGCCAGCCUCCCCGCAGAGGGUGUUGGUCCAGGCAGCCAGCUCCGCCCCCAAAGGGGCCCAGAUGCAGCCCAUCUCUCUCCCCAGAGUACAGCAGGUGCCACAGCAGGUGCAGCCGGUGCAGCAUGUGUACCCCGCCCAGGUGCAGUACGUGGAGGGGGGAGACGCCGUCUACACGAAUGGAGCCAUACGCACGGCCUACACCUACAACCCCGAGCCUCAGAUGUACGCCCCCAGCAGCGCGGCUUCUUACUUCGAGGCCCCGGGAGGUGCGCAGGUGACGGUGGCUGCCUCGUCCCCGCCCGCCGUGCCCUCCCACAGCAUGGUGGGCAUCACCAUGGAUGUCGGGGGCAGCCCCAUCGUCUCCAGCGCAGGAGCCUAUCUCAUCCACGGAGGCAUGGACGGCGCACGACACUCCCUGGCCCACACCUCGCGGUCAUCGCCAGCCACGCUUGAAAUGGCGAUUGAAAACCUCCAAAAAAGCGAAGGAAUCACAUCACACAAAAGCGGUUUACUCAACAGCCAUCUGCAGUGGCUGUUGGACAAUUACGAGACGGCGGAGGGCGUGAGCCUGCCUAGGAGCUCCCUCUACAACCACUACCUUCGCCACUGCCAGGAGCACAAGCUCGACCCCGUCAACGCCGCUUCCUUUGGGAAGCUGAUCCGCUCCGUGUUUAUGGGGCUGAGGACGCGGCGCCUGGGCACCAGAGGCAACUCGAAGUAUCAUUACUACGGGAUUCGCCUGAAGCCAGACUCCCCGCUGAACCGGCUGCAGGAGGACACGCAGUACAUGGCCAUGCGGCAGCAGCCCGUGCACCAGAAGCCCAGGUACCGGCCAGCGCAGAAGACGGACAGCCUCGGGGACAGCGGCUCCCACGGUGGCCUGCACAGCACGCCCGAGCAGGCCAUGGCGGCGCAGAGCCAGCACCACCAGCAGUACAUAGACGUCUCCCACGUCUUCCCGGAGUUCCCGGCACCCGACCUGGGCAGCGUCCUGCUACAGGACAGCGUCACCCUGCACGACGUCAAGGCCCUGCAGCUGGCGUACAGACGGCACUGCGAGGCGACUCUCGAUGUCGUGAUGAACCUGCAGUUUCACUACAUCGAGAAGCUGUGGCUCUCCUUCUGGAACUCUAAGGCCUCUGCUAGCGACGGCCCCGCCUCUCUGCCCGCCAGUGACGAGGAGCCCGAAGGCGCCAUCCUGCCCAAGGACAAGCUCAUCUCUCUGUGCAAACACGACCCCAUCCUCAAGUGGAUGCGGAGCUGCGACCACAUCCUGUACCAGGCCCUGGUGGAGAUCCUCAUCCCCGACGUGCUCAGGCCGGUCCCCAGUACCUUGACACAGGCCAUCCGGAAUUUUGCCAAGAGUUUGGAAGGCUGGUUGACAAACGCCAUGAGUGACUUCCCGCAGCAGGUCAUCCAGACCAAGGUCGGUGUCGUCGGUGCCUUUGCCCAGACGCUGCGGAGGUACACGUCCCUCAAUCACCUGGCGCAGGCGGCCCGGGCGGUGCUUCAGAACACGUCCCAGAUCAACCAGAUGCUCAGCGACCUCAACCGCGUGGACUUCGCCAACGUGCAGGAGCAGGCCUCGUGGGUGUGCCAGUGCGAGGAGAGCGUGGUGCAGCGGCUGGAGCAGGACUUCAAGCUGACCCUGCAACAGCAGAGCUCCCUGGACCAGUGGGCCAGCUGGCUGGACAACGUGGUCACGCAGGUCCUGAAGCAGCACGCGGGCAGCCCCAGCUUCCCCAAGGCCGCCCGGCAGUUCCUGCUGAAGUGGUCCUUCUACAGCUCCAUGGUGAUCCGGGACCUGACCCUGCGCAGUGCCGCCAGCUUCGGCUCCUUCCACCUCAUCCGCCUGCUCUACGAUGAGUACAUGUUCUACCUGGUGGAGCACCGCGUGGCCGAGGCCACCGGAGAGACGCCGAUCGCCGUGAUGGGAGAGUUCAACGAUCUCGCCUCCCUGUCGCUGACGCUGCUUGAUAAAGACGACAUCAGCGACGAGCAGCGUGGCAGCGAGGCCGACCCGGGCGAGCCGCUGGUGAAGCGGGAGCGCAGCGACCCGAACCACGCCCUGCAGGGCAUCUAGCACUGGCGGGCACCUUCCGAGAGGUUCCGGAAGAUGUCGCCCGGCCACUCUGGGAACUGGGACUUCACUGGCCCUACUGCACGUGCCUCUCAGACAAUGUGAUGUUUACUCUGACUCAAGGGGGUGCCCGGGGUCAGCGCCCUUGAAGGACGAGUUCUCAUUCAAGAAGAAAAAACGAUGUUAACGCUGCGGUCGUUCACGUCGGGGCUCCCGCCGCCAGGGCUGUCCCCUGGGCUUCCUGAGUGCCCGGGCAGCCCGCCGGGGGCCACCCCAGACCUUCCGUUCCUUAUUCGGGACAAACCCUCCUCUGCUGGAACUGUGAACUUCGCCCAGAGUCCCCAAAGGCCGUGCUAAGAGCGUCGGUACCGCCAUUCAACUGGUACCGAUUUUCAACAUGAUUUAAAAAAAAAAUCUGGCAGAGCCCAGGAAGGAAGGGACACCCUGUCCCCACCUUGUCCUGCCGCUGUUGCGCAGGUACAGAGCUCGCCGGCGUCUCUGGGGUCCCCUCAGGAACGGAAAGCACAGUGCCCUUGCCCUGCCACCUCCGUCGGGGAAGAGACCCAUCUCAGCAGCUCACCUCGUGGCCUUUUGUGGACAGACCGUCCUCCGCUCCCUGCCUGCCGCCUCUGCCACGCCGGGAGCCCUCCCGGCCGUGGGGCCGGAUCUCUAGACGCCAAAGGACUCGCCAGAAGCAGUUGGCAAUCGCAGUGUCCCUGGACACAUCCGCAGCCUAAAAAAAGAACAAGCCAUGGAAACGGGCCCAUUCGUGCCAAGACACAGCAGUGUCUCUUAAAAACUCCAGACCGGAAGCCCUGUCAGCAACAGCAAGGAAAUCGGUUCGGUCCAAGUUCACAGUCAACAUCAAGCCGAGCCGCUGUUCCGGGGGUCAGCACCAACGUCCUCGCCUUCGGGGGCAGCCGGCCCUCGCGUCCGCAAACAGCAGUGCCUGCCACUGCUCCACGGAGUCUUCCAGAACACCUCCCUCUGCAUCAGCCGUCCUGGAGCACUCCAGUCCCCUGCGAGUCCCACCUUGACCUCUUCCAAGUCAAAACUCUUUGGGGACAAAUACCCUGAACUUUAGACACUCCGAACUUGCCUCUUCCUUGGAAACACAUAGCUGGUGCACUUGGAGUCCUGCCCUGCGCCAGCUGCAAACGCGACAGUCACCCUGGGUCUAGGAAGCACCGUCUAAUGAAAUGCAAUAGUUUCUCUUUUUGGAAAGAUGUUCAUACAAUAGUUUUGUGCUCUAAUUGUUAUUAGAACGUUUUCUUAUGAAUGUGUAUAUUGCCGUAUAUUCAGUUCCAAGUAUUUUGUUGUCGUUCACACGGAAGGUACUAAUGUCAACUCACGUGGCCUUUAAAAACCUCACUUCCCAGCAAGCAGGAGCGCGGCGCAUCGCUCCCCGGCACCGGGAACAGACAUGCGCGCUUAUUUUAGAAGCAAAAAGUCCGAAUAAUCACAACGCUUAUCUGGUCUUUAUAGUUCAAAACUCAGAUGAAAUCAGACAGAAAGAAUGUCUUCAAAAUCCCCGUCUCCUCUCCUGGGAGACAGGUACGCUCGUGGUUAACAGACUGUCACGGCCCGGCUCUCUUCCCUUUGUGGUCACCAGUGCAGACUGGGUUUCUGCCUUACGCUCCGUCACUCACGUCUCUCGGAGAAAUAGAAAUGACAGUGAAGUCGCUCUCGUUUUUCAUAGCAAUAAACACACUGAGUCUGCUCGUG